AUGGAUCCACUUCUGGAACAGGUGCUGGGUCGUGUUAACAGCACCCCAGGCGGGCUUCCCCUAAACCACAGCGACCCCCUGAACAUGUUCCCCGGCAUGCAGCUGCUGCUGAGCUUCAAACCGGUCUUCGUGCCUCUCUACUGCCUCCUGGUGGCCGUGGCCUGCGUGGGCAACGCCUCCCUGCUGGCCUGCAUCCUGGCGGACAAGAAGCUGUACAACGCCACCAACUUCUUCAUCGGCAACCUGGCGGCCGGGGACCUGCUGAUGUGCCUGAGCUGCGUGCCGCUGACGGCGUCCUACGCCUUCGACCCGCGCGGCUGGUCCUUCGGCCGGCCGCUGUGCUACCUGGUGCCCCUGCUGCAGGCGGCCACCGUGUUCGCCUCGGCCCUGUCGCUGACCGCCAUCGCCGCCGACCGCUACGUGGUGGUGGCCCACCCCGUCCGCCGGCGCAUCUCCCUGCGCUGCUGCUCGGGCGUGGCCCUGGGCGUGUGGGGCCUGGCGCUGGCCCUGGCCGCCCCGCCCUCCCUCAACACCCGCUACCUGGACCUGCGGCCCAGCGGGCUGGAGCUGGUGGUGUGCGAGGAGUUCUGGCCCGGCACGGGCCGCGUGCGGAUGCUGUACUCCUGCUUCAUGCUGCUGGCCUCCUACAUGGUGCCGCUGCUGUCGGUCAGCGUGUCGUACUGCGCCAUCACGGCCCACCUGCGGCAGCGCUGCCUGCCCGGGGCGGCCACCCGCAGCCAGCAGAGCUGGAACAAGAAGCGCCGCAAGACCUUCUCCCUGCUGGUGGCCUCGGUGCUCGCCUUCGCCCUCUGCUGGCUGCCGCUGCAGGUGCUCAACCUCCUGCUGGACCUGGACGGCGAGUUCCGCAUCGUGGGCAAGCGCUACGUCAACGUGCUGCAGGUGUGCUGCCACCUGGUGGCCAUGAGCUCCGCCUGCUACAACCCCUUCAUCUACGCCUCGCUGCACAGCAAGCUGCGGCUGCACCUGCGCGGGUGCCUGCAGCCCCGCCGUCGCCCCCGGCAACCCGGCGGCCUGGUCUCGCGGCACGCCUCCCGCCACAACGCCACCUGCCUCAGCCUGGUGUCCGAGCCGCCGGGGAAGGAGGGCCGCGACGCGUCCCAGACCCGCGUCGACAACUUCCUCUGA